UUAAAAAUGCUCGACUUUCGAGCUUGAACAAGGUCUAGAAUCUUGAGUCACAGUCAGCUCAUUUGUCAGUUCUACUCGUAGUUAGCUUUUAUCAGAUGCAGUCUUUUUCAAAUCGACAAGUCAUUUAACGCUCAUUCGUUAUAGUGUGUAGGUAUUGUUUAUCGAUCGACUGUUUGAAAAUGGUAUUCAUCGUGCAUUUUAUGUGAAUAUUUUUCGUGUUGGUUUUCUCUUUUCGCUAUAGUGAAGCUAAGUUGUGGUGAGAUUCGGAAAAUCUUAUUACACAUCAACUUACAUUUCGUAAUAAAUAUAAUAACCGUUAAAAGUGAAAAAAUCAUGUCAGUUUAUUUCACGGCGUGUACGGGUUUAUUUUGUCGAAUCCGUGAUUUAGAAAAGCAAAUACAUAUUAGAACGGGAGCUCGAAAUGUGCUCGGCUGAAGCAAAAAUAUUUUACGAAGAUCUUAUAUCCGUUCACGAGAAAUUGGUAGAAAAUGAAAACAAACUAAUAACAACCUACAGUGGAUAUUCAUCAAUGAACCAUCCGGAUUUCGCCAAGGAAAUGCGCGAGACCCAUUUGAAGACAACAAACCUUAAAAUAAAAUUGGCGAAAAUCAUAUCAUCGUUCGAAUCAAAAUCAUCAGCAGAAGCCCAGGUAGGCAAUCAAUCCUAUCCAGCAAAACAAUCCGAAACCGAAAAAAAUGUUGACUUACAAAUCCGAAAACAACGCUCUUUAAUCAGACGAAUCGAAUCGAUCAAAAUAGACGAUGAUAUUUGCGCAAUAAAAGCAGAAAUACUGAACUCUCACCUUUCUCAACUUGAUGACUCGUUUAACUUGAAUCAAAUCCAGAUCGAAGUGAACAUAGACAGCGAUACCAAAUUCGAAAAUCAACUAAAAAUUGCGACAGAAAUACAACGAAAAGUAAUCGAUUUACAAACGACGCUGAAAAAAAUUAUGCAACCGAUCGUAUCAACUUCAUCGACAAAAUCCAGCAUCAGUAUGGAUCGUUCAAUUCAGCCAACACAAACUGACCAUGACACCAGAGUCAAUUUAGACUCGUUAUUCCAAAAAAGAGAAUCAUUAAUCAAACAAAUGUCUUCAUUUAUAGAACCCGGAGAAGAUCUUAGUCCAGAAAAAGCCAAAGUAAUGUAUCGUCAUCUCAAUUCGCUCUACGAGUCUUUUAAUUCGAAUCAAACUGGAAUCGAAUCACGAGUCAGCGGCGCUAUACUUGAUAGCCAAUUAGAAAUUUCUGAGCAAAUUCAGAACAAGAUGAUCGAACUUCAAGUAAAGUUUGAAAAUUUUUUGGCACCGAUGAAACGUUCAACUUCGACACAAUCCGAGGUAUUACAAUCUGAGCAAAUCAAGUCAUCGGAAUUCGAAAGUAGUCUUCGAUCGAUAGAACUCAAAUUGACUAAUCAUAUGGACUUCUUGGAAUCGCGAUCAAGCAGAGAUGAAGCUGAGAGUAAUAUCAACGACAUCGACAUCCAUCUUGAAGAAAACUUGGAAAUAUCUAAGAACAUCGAAAAUAGGAUAAUCCACCUUCAAGGAACAUUGAAUAGAUUCGUCGACGCUAACAAACAUCAUGAGAAAAAUUCUUUAGAUAAACUGGAUAAAAUUUUGGAAUUUAACGAACGUUUCGAACAAAAUUAUAAAACUAAGACAUUACCAUCUUUAGCGAAAUCGGAAAGUGAUCUCCGAGCGAUGGAACUCAAAUUAUCUGAACUCAUCACUACGUGUGAAGAUUUACCGGAUAUGUGUUUGGAUGGACACGACACCAUGGAAAAUACCAGCAAGAUCUGCAGCUCUCUCGAUGAUUAUUUAAACAUAUCUAAGGAUAUUCAAACAAAGAUGCGUAAUUUUCUAGCCGCUGAUAAAAUCCAUACUGCUAUUCUAAAUGAUAUCCAGACAAAAGUAGCCCAAAGCAUUGCACUACAAAAGCCCUCAGAACCGAAGCAAAUCGGGAUUCCAUCGACGUGGACGUACCCGAGUCGUACCUCACUCUAUCCAAAUAAAUAUUGGCCCGAAAGACCACAUCAAGGUUAAAGUCGUUCUUCUGGAAUCCGUCGACGUAUACUAAGCUAUAUCGUAGUUCGUAGCUCAUCUAAGUAAUUCGAAAAAAUGAUUUUUCCAAAGAAAAUUUCAAGUUCAAAGUACCUAGACCUGAAUUUAUUCCCCAACUGCUAUUCAACUCGAUUUUGUACCCUCUACAAAAAAAAUAUAUAUAUUGUAAUUCACUAGUAAUUUUUUAUAAGCACCUAUAGCCAUGUUUUAUGAAUUUCAUCAAUAAUAUUUUAUGAUUAAUUUGUGCAAUUUAUAUGUAGUAUCAAUAAUGUGAAUAUUAUAUGGGAUACCUACUCGUAUUUUGAAGUAUUUGAAAAAUAAACUCGUUCCCAUUUUGUACACGAAA